AUGCCGGCUAGACGAAGUGAGAGGCUUCGGAAUCAGCGGAUAUCGGCGGAGGCAGCAGCAAGCACUCCCUCUGAUUCAAACUCCGAGAUGAGUCUUCGCCGAACUCGCAAUCCGAAUGCCCAGGCUGCAGCAUCUCGAGGAGGUCGGGGAUCCACCAGGGGCAGGAAUCUAUCAGGUCGCAUUGCGAAUCCUGCUCCUGCAUCAACUGCUGCAACUCGUGGACAAAGAGGAGGCCGGAGAGCAGUGAGAGGAAGGAAUAUGGCCAGAAUCCUAACCAUUAGGCCAACAAAUCCCAUGGGGGCAAAUCUGGAAUCUCUGGACCUGGGAAGCACUGGAGCCUCGGACCCACCUGCCAACUCUUUUAUCCCCAUCUUUUCUCCGCCCAGGCCAAGCAGUCCUGCGGGUCAAAAUAUGUCUCUGAUGCUGCGGCUGCAGCGCAUGGGCACCGCCAUACCCACCCAAGGUGACCCCCUGUCCACCGCCCGAUUGCAGAAGGAGAUCGCCGAGUUCGCCAGGGAGCAGACCGAAGGAUGCCGAGUGCAGGUUGUGGACGGCAACCUGUUCCACUGGAUAGCCACCAUCCCGGGACCACCGGAAACCCCCUACGAGGGUGGGAAUUUCAAGAUAGAAAUGGUCUUUCCCAGCAAUUAUCCCUUCCAGGCGCCCUACAUUGCGUUCAUCACCCGGAUUUACCACUGUAAUAUCGCCAUGUCCGGCCACAUUUGCCUGGACAUACUCAGUUCCCAGUGGUCGCCGGCCCUGUCGGUAUCGAAGCUCCUCAUCUCCAUCAUGUCCCUCAUGGCCGAUCCGAAUCCCAACGAUCCUCUGGAGUCGGGCAUUGCCGAGCUGUAUAGGAAGAAUCGCACCCAACACGAUGAUCACGCACGCGAGUGGACCAGAAAGUAUGCCAAAGAGUAGUGAUUUUCAAAUAUAUUUAUUGGAUGUUUUUGUGCCAGCA